AUGCAAGUCGGGCACGAGAAGCAGAGCAAGAAAGGGCAAAGCCCAGCCAGCGCGCCGAUUACUGGACCUGCAAUCACUGAAUUGGAAGUGGUAAUGAUGGACUGGUUGGGAAAGAUGUUGGAUUUACCUGAAGACUUCCUAAAUUGUACGGACGGACCAGGAGGAGGUGUUAUAAAAGGUACAGCAAGUGAAGCAACCUUAGUCUGUCUCCUAGCAGCAAAAGAACGCACGGUUCGCCGAAUCAAAAAACUUCAUCCAGAAUUAACAGAAGCAGAAAUAAAAGGACGUCUGCGUGGUUACAGUUCAAACCAAUCUAACUCCUCAAUUGAGAAGGCAGGUCUCAUGGGUUCUAUGACCUUCCACCUCCUGGACUCCGAUGAAGAAGGUCGUCUUAAACCAGAAUGUUUAAAAUCCGCCAUUGAGGAAGACAUAGCCAAAGGAAACUUCCCCUGUUAUGCUGUUGCAACUCUGGGAACAACAGGGACCUGUGCCUUUGAUGACCUUACUCAACUAGGUCCAAUCUGUAAUGAUCACAAUGUAUGGUUACACAUUGACGCUGCAUACGCAGGUUCUGUCUUCAUCCCUGAAUAUCGCCAUUUGAAGAACGGUCUUGAACAUGCAGACUCAUUCAACUUCAACCCGCAUAAAUUCAUGCUGAUCAACUUUGACUGUUCGAUACUCUGGGUGAAAAACUCCACGCAUCUUAUGAAUGCAUUCACAGUAGACCGCGCUUAUCUCAAACAUGGUUAUGAAGACACAGCUCCCGAAUAUCUCCACUGGCAGAUCCCUCUGGGACGCAGGUUGCGUUCGUUAAAGAUUUGGUUCAUGUUGCACACCUAUGGAGUGGAAGGAGUGCAGAAGCAUUUGAGAAGACAGAUUGCGAUGGCGAAGCAUUUUGCCAAGCUGGUUGCCAACGACUCGCGCUUUGAGGUCUGCAGCGAGAACGUCGCGUUGGUGUGCUUCCGUGUGAGGGGGGCUGACUAUCUCACCGAGAAGCUGAUAGAAAAGCUGCAUGAACGUAGGAAGAUUUACGUCAUUGGCUACACGUACAAGAAUCACAAGGUUGUGCGAUUUUCAAUCAACAGCAACGAGACCAACGAGACGGAUUUGGAAUUUGCGUUCGGCGAGAUUAAAAAGGAAACGGAAAUGAUUCUUGCCGAACACAAAGAAAACACGAUCAAUGAAGAUUUCGCAACGUUAAAUCUAAAAGAAACACGGUUUGAUAUACACGUGGAAAACUUCAAAGUGGAAUCAAAAGAUUUAUUAUAA